AUGGUAUUUCCUGAUAGUUAUGAUGUUACUGGUCGUGGAAAAUUCAAACGUGCUAGACCAGGUAAAGCACAUCUUAAUACAGGGGUUCCACGAGCACGUUUAGUUCGUCUGGGUAAAACUACUUAUUCUCAUAGAACACAAAGAAAUAUGUUAAAAAAACUUUUACCUUAUGCUUUUUAG